UUAGCAUAUCACAACAGUACCUUCAGCACAUGGCCAGCAAAUUGAAUGUCCUUGACAUAGUGGAUGGCGGGUUGCUGAUAUGUCAUUCAAGUGUCACUAAUAUGGCCUUAACAUAUGUGGAAUAUGUGGGCAUGUCACCCUGUGGUCCAGGGGUGGGAUCUGGCUAGCUGGUACUGCUUGCGGGUAUUCCCUCCAGGUCAUCUUGGCUGGGGCAGGGAUGCAUGGGGAUGUCCAUGGCCUGAAACCUGCUAAUACGUUCAACCCAUAGGUAGAUGGGGAGGGUCAGAUCCAGAAUCUUUGCUCCCUCAGGAUCUUAUAAGAUUCUCAGCAGAAAGGACUGCUAUUCCCUGAGUUCUCCCCUAUGCCAGGCACUGCACUGGGCACAUCAGAGGCCUUGUUUCUUUGGAUCUUCACAACAUUCUCACAAGGCAGGCACUAUCAUUAGCCCAUUUUACAGAUGUGACAACAAAGGCUCAGAGAGAAGAAGGGACAUGUUUAUAGUUAAGGACUGUUGGUUUCUGGAGUUAAACCGAGGGUGGUGCUCACUACCCUACCACAUGUGGCAGUCUUGCCUCAAGACUGGAGAGAGACAUGAAGAGAUGGCAUCAGAGACACAGAUAGCCUCAGAGACAGACACAAAGAAACUGGGAGACCCAGCCAGAGGCCCAAAGAACAGUGGGGGUUGGGGAGGACUGGGGUAAGGUCGGUCUCUGUCUGGCUAAGCUCCCCCCAAAAGAAUAACCCAGGUCGCCCCCCUAGGUGGAAACAAUGACACAAUCAGCUCCCAAUACCAAGGCCCUGACAUCACGAAAGGGGGGUGGCCAAGGUGGGGGGGCGCCCCGCCCCUUGGCAGGCCUCUGUGGCCAAUGGGACGGCCUUGGAAGAGGCCCGGGCCGCCUCCGGAGCUUCAAAACCGUGAGGAGGGAAGAGGGUGCAGACAGAGCCUCAGCUGCUGCAGCGGUCCUCAGAGCCACGGUCACCACUGCCCACCACCGGUCAGCAUGUCCUCUGCUCACUUCAACAGAGGCCCCGCCUAUGGUCUGUCAGCCGAGGUCAAGAACAAGCUGGCCCAGAAGUACGACCCUCAGCGGGAGCAGGAGCUUCGAGAGUGGAUUGAGGGAGUGACAGGACGCCGCAUAGGAAACAACUUCAUGGAUGGCCUCAAAGAUGGCAUCAUUCUUUGCGAGUUCAUCAAUAAGCUCCAGCCAGGCUCGGUGAAGAAGGUCAAUGAGUCGACACAAAACUGGCACCAGCUGGAGAACAUAGGCAACUUCAUCAAGGCCAUCACCAAGUAUGGGGUGAGGCCCCAUGACAUCUUUGAGGCAAAUGACCUGUUCGAGAACACCAACCACACCCAGGUGCAGUCCACCCUCCUGGCCCUGGCCAGCAUGGCCAAGACGAAAGGGAACAAGGUGAAUGUGGGUGUAAAGUACGCAGAGAAGCAGGAGCGGAAAUUUGAGCCUGAGAAGCUUCGAGAAGGGCGGAACAUCAUUGGGCUUCAGAUGGGCACCAACAAGUUUGCCAGCCAGCAGGGCAUGACGGCCUAUGGUACCCGACGCCACCUCUAUGACCCCAAGCUGGGCACGGACCAGCCCCUGGACCAGGCCACCAUCAGCCUGCAGAUGGGCACCAACAAGGGAGCCAGCCAGGCUGGCAUGACGGCUCCCGGGACCAAGCGGCAGAUUUUCGAGCCGGGGCUGGGCAUGGAGCACUGUGAUACUCUCAAUGUCAGCCUGCAGAUGGGCAGCAAUAAGGGGGCCUCACAGCGGGGCAUGACGGUGUACGGGCUGCCACGCCAGGUUUAUGACCCCAAAUACUGCCUGACGCCUGAGUACCCAGAGAUGGGCGAGCCUACCCAUAACCACCACCCACACAACUACUACAAUUCUGCCUAGGGCCCUGGGCCUCCUGCCUUCCCCCCAGGGAGGCUG